CGCGACUGCGCCGUUCUCCGGAAUAAGCGGGCCAUUGGAUUACGGAUACUUAAUUUUUUCGUUGUAUAUGUGCGCGAUUAGGACCCGCGACUAAGCCCACCUAUAAUGGCGACGGAUGUGCAAACAUUUUAUAAAGACAAAGUCGUCUUCCUUACAGGUGGCAGUGGUUUCCUGGGAAAAGUGCUCAUUGAGAAGCUGCUUCGCACCACGAAGGUGAAACGUAUCUAUGUGCUGCUCCGCACCAAGAAUGGCCAGGACGUGCAGGAUCGUUUUGCCACCUGGGAGACUGACCCGGUUUUCUUAUUGCUUUUGCAAUCGGAUCCCGACGUGCUGAAGCGAGUGGCGCCCCUUGCUGGGGACUGCCAGGCCCCGGAUCUUGGCCUGAGUCCCUCCGACCGCCAGCUCCUUCUGGACGAGGUCCAAGUGGUGUUCCACGGUGCCGCUACCGUGCGCUUUAUGGAGCCACUGCACAUUGCCCUGGCCAUUAAUACGCGGGCUGCGCUGCUCAUGAUGGAGCUGGCCAAGGAAAUGCAGCACCUGGUGGCCUUCGUGCACGUGUCGACCGCCUUUUCGAACUGCGUGGAGAAGCACAUCGAGGAACGUUACUACCCCGAGAACCUGAACCGUCCCGUCCGAAAGGUCCUACAGCUGUACGAGACUUUGGACGACGAGCUGGUGGACAAUAUGACGCCGGUCCUGCUGGGCAAAUUCCCGAAUACCUACACCUACACCAAGGCCCUGGCAGAGCAGCUGCUCCAGAACGAGGCCGGCGAUCUCCCGUUUUGCAUCUUUCGUCCUGGCGCCAUUAUUGCCACCUACAAGGAGCCGAUGUCGGGCUGGAUUGACAACUUAUAUGGACCCAUAGCUGUGCUCUAUGGCGCUGCCCGCGGAUUCAUUCGCAUCACGCUUCUCAAUGUGCAUGCCCAGGCUGGUAUUGUGCCGGUGGAUUACUGUGUCAACACGAUGAUAGUCCUCGCCUGGGACACGGCCAGGAAUGCCCUCAAAGCGCAUCACCCGGACCCGCCCAUCUAUAACUUCACGCCCAGCGAGAGGCGGCCGAUUACGUGGGGAGGAUUCCGGGACAAAGCGGGAAAGCUAAAGAACACAUUUCCGCUGAAUCGGAUGUUGUGGAAGCCAUUCUUGCAUUGCACAAGAUCCAUGUGGCUGUUUAAGUUCCUGGUCUACUUCUACCACCUCCUUCCGGGCUACGCUAUCGAUAUGGUGCUGCGUCUGCGUGGUCGCAAACCGCGUCUGAUUAAGCUCUAUGAUAAAAUACACAAAAAUAUUGAGGUCCUGUCUCCCUUUGUGGACACCUCGUGGAAAUUCGACACCAAUAAUACGCAACACCUGUGGAAGCAAUUGUCGCCGGACGACCAGUUGCUAUACGAGUUUGACAUGAGCCGUCUCGACUGGGAUGACUAUUUCAAGCGGGCCCUCGCAGGACUUCGCAUUUAUUUGGGCAAGGAGGAUCCAGGCGAAGAUUCAUUGAAGAGGGGCAGAGUAUUACUCAGGAGGUUUACGAUCCUUCAUUCAAUCUUGCAGUUUGUUUUAUUCAGUGGAGCUUUCGCCCUUUUGUGGUCCAUAUUAAAGCCAUUAUUUAGCUUAUAAGUUAAUGCACACAAGGACACACGCACACACACAGGAAGUAGGUUCAUUGUUUCUUAGUUAAAUAAAUGUUUUGGCCAAAGUGUUAA